UCAGUGUUGUUUUGGAUCUAGCUGCAGCUCUCGCAGCAACUAGCCAAGUGGCAACGAUGUCCCACCAUCCGUCGCGAAAACCUCCGGUACGGCCCAACAGGCGGGCGGCGGCCGCAGCCGCAAAAGCACCCGUCCCAACGGGUACGGACUGGAAGAAAAUCGGCUUCACCGGCGUCGGGCUGGUAAUUUUGACGGCCGUGGCCGCCGUCGUCUACCAGGGCUAUCUGGAAACCCGGGUCGUGACGCCGUACAGCCAGAAGAAGCUCGCGGCGGCCAGCUUCGACACGAAGAUGCUGUGGGGAAGCUAUCGGCCAGGAAUCUACUUCGGCCUGAGCACGCGCGAGGAACACCCGCUCGCGACCGGCCUCAUGUGGUACUUCCCGAAAGAGCUGCGCCAGCUUUCGGACAUCCGGCACCUGUGCGAAAUCGGCGACAACCUCAAGCAGUACGGCUGGACCGCGCACGACGGGCGCAACUUUGGCGUCCAGCACAUCCAGGACGGCCCGGUCCUGCUGGAGACCUCGUUCGUCAAGGACGUCCACAACAACGCCCCCAGCUGGACGGCCAAGGUGGACGUUAGGACUACUUCUGCGAGGAGUUCGCGCGACACAAUCUCUUUGUUGUGGUACGUCGCGUUCGAAUCGGAUGACGACGGGUUUAUUGGGUUGAGUCAGGGCGGGGAGAAGCUGCCAACGAUCAGCGCGUUUUCACCGACGGCUGGUCAGCUGAGUGUGAAGUUCUCGCAGGGUGGGGAGGGGGUUCAGGAGGUUACGUCGGUUUGUGUUGAGGCACGGGGGUUCAACACGCUGAAGGAAACGAUCGUGGAGCAUUUGAAGGUUCACCGGGAAGGGGAGUCGAUGUCGUACUACUUGUUGGAUAAGGAGAGUCGAAUGAAUUGUAGCUUGGUGGCGGUUUUGGUCACCGUACGGACGCCUACGACGUUGUUGAUCCACAUGAACAGUGGGUACGAUGCGGACAGUGAGAUUUUGACGGAGAAGGAGUACGAUCAGAGUCUUGAACGGCACGUGAAGAAGUUUAGUAGGAGGUUUAGCAAUACCUUCAAGUUGCAGGAGAAGGGUUUUAAUGGUAGUCAGGUUGGAUUUGCUGAAGCGGCUUUAAGUAACAUGGUUGGAGGAAUCGGUUACUUCUACGGAGCAUCGAAGGUUAAAGGAGAGCACAACGAGAAUCCCAUCAACUACUGGAAGGCUCCGCUGUACACGGCCGUGCCGUCGAGGUCGUUCUUCCCGCGUGGUUUCCUGUGGGACGAAGGCUUCCACGGGUUGUUGAUAUCAAGUUGGGACAUCGAUAUCGCGUUGGAUAUCAUGACCCACUGGUUGGACCUGAUGAAUGUUGACGGAUGGAUUCCGCGCGAGCAGAUCUUGGGCAGUGAAGCUCUGGCUAAGGUUCCGGCUGAGUUUGUGGUUCAGCACAACAAGAACGCCAAUCCGCCUACGAUGUUCCUGGAACUUCGCUACCUGUUGAACAACUACCAAGCUGAACUGCUGCAACCUGGUCGCAACAAGAUCCUCAACUCACUUUUGCCACGACUUCAAGCCUGGCACUCCUGGUUCAACACCACCCAGCUCGGAACCCUGUCCGGAAGCUACCAGUGGAAGGGACGAACGGUCACCCCCCAGGAGAUCAACCCCAAAACGCUUACUUCCGGUUUGGACGACUUCCCCCGAGCAUCGCACCCCGACGGCCAGGAACGCCACGUUGACCUGCUCUGCUGGAUGGCCCUGGCGUCGCAAACCAUCGCCGAUCUCCAGCGCUUCCUAGGCAAGGACGACACCAAAUACCGCGCCGCGUACGAAUACCUCUCCGACACGAACCUCCUCGACAGUCUGCACCUCUCAACGUCCACCAACACCUACGCCGAUUACGGUCUGCACACCGACAAGGUCACCCUCAAGCGAUACCAGUUCCAGCAGGAGGAAAAAAUGCUCCGCGAAGUCCUAGAUCAACCCAAGUACCGCUACGUCGACUCCGUCUUCGGCUACGUCAACCUGUUCCCCUUCCUGACGAAGCUCCUCCCCCCAGACGCAUCCUCCCUGAAAACCACCCUCGAGAACAUCCACAACCCCGACCUCCUCUGGUCCCCGUACGGCAUCCGAUCGCUGUCCAAGCGAUCGCUACUCUACAUGAAGCACAACACCCAGCACGAUCCGCCCUAUUGGCGGGGUCAGAUCUGGAUCAACAUCAACUACCUGAUCCUGGGGGCGCUCGAUCACUACGGCAAGCUCGAGGGACCGCACCGGGAGUUGGCCCGGCGGAUGUACGGCGAACUGCGAACGAAUCUGGUGACGAAUUUGUACAAGCAGUACCAACGGACCGGGUACAUCUGGGAGAACUACAAUGAUAGCACCGGGGAGGGACGGGGCUGUUAUCCGUUCACCGGGUGGAGUGCGCUCGUUGUUAUGAUUAUGGCGGAAAUAUAUUGAUGGAAAGUGUGAA